CCUGCUAAAUUCACGACUCUUCUCCUCACAUUUGUUGCUUCUUCCUCCAUCACCUACUCGACUCGUAUGAAACAGCGUGCCGUCGUUUCCUGGUCGCAUCAUCUCUUGCUUCGUCUCCACGAAGACUGUCUCGCCUUUUUAACACGCCUACCUGACCAGCAGCUUGCUCGUUCGGUCCUAUCGGAGCUUCCGGCGUAUCAACCACGCUAUCAGCUUACACGACACGUCGCGCGAGCUGCAUAAACACAUCGCCAUCCUGGCAGGUGGAAUCUCAACAUCCUAGACUUCGCCCUGUUCUUCGCAAAUAGGCGACGCUCCCCGUCCUGUCCGAACCUAGCAUACAGUCCAUCAGCAUGUCAACCACCUCUCGCGCCAUGUCUGCGAUCCCAGCUGAGGAGCUGCCCAUCCUCGAAGCUCUGAUAAGCAUUCGCAACCGCUUGACUGCACUUAAGAAAGACUCGAGCGAGUUCAUCAGACCUCAGGAUGUCCAACAAUUGUACAAAGAAGUCAUCAAACAAGUCACGCGACUGAAUACCGUCCGCGACGAGGCAAUUGCGAGCGAGGUCUCCACUUCGGAUCCGCCACGCGCAAGCACAUCAACUUCCAGGGGUGGAGAGGCAGGCAGCGGGGGCGGAGAGGUUGACACGGCGGCGCUCGCGGCCACAAACAGAGUAGACACGACACUGAAUGACGUCUUCAGCCUGCUCAGCCUCUUCUUCCUCACGAUCGGAAAGAGCAGAGAGACUCCCGCCACUUUCAGUCAGAUCGGGUGUAUGAAGCAACUGCUCGAUCAUCUUGCUGAGUCAGGCAUCUACACGGAAGCAGACCUCCAGCCCUUCUCCAAACGUCUGGCAGAGCUUCGUGCUAUCAUUAAAAAGGACGGUGAUGCUGGGAAGCACCCUGUUCAGUUGACUAAGCUCAUGACCAGAAAACUUGAGGCUUGUGAGAAAGUCUUGCGAACUCUGGAGGGCACGCUAUCGGUUUUGUCCGUGGAGCUCGUCCCAAUUCAUCAGAGACUGGUCAGCGUGCGGCGUCAAAUCGCAGCAGCUGCUGCAAAGCCAAAGCCCGCCAAGCAAGAGAUCAAACAACUGCAAGAAGAGUUGCGGAAAAUCGACAGCAAGCGAGUGGACGGGAAAUUCUUGGGUCCCGGCGGAUCUUCUGUGCCUGCCGGUCAAGCCAUCUUGGUGGGCAUCCUAGAGGACUGCUUCGAGAUUUGUCACGACAUCACAGUCAGAAACGAUGACGUGCCGCACACGCUCCAGCCCAUUCACGAGAGGCUGUCUGAGAUCUGCGGUCAGCUAGAGCACCUGGUCCUCACGCAUCGCUGGACGCUCAGAGAGACGGAUCUCUGGAAUUACCAGGUCACACUCAAAGAGAUCGACAGGCUGCGAGUAAACGGUAAAUUCGUGGACAGCGAGGGCAAGCAGCCAGAGGGCCAGCUGGUUCUCCUUUACCUGCUGCGGAGAUGCUAUGGACUGAUCUACCGCUUGGUGGCUUCUUCAGAGCCCAUCUCAGAGGAGCUGAUGCCGAUCAGCAACAAGCUUUCGACAAUUUCAAAGUGCUUGAAGGAGGUCUCCAAGUAUGGAGGGCCUUUCACGAUGAGGGACCUUUACCCUUACAGACUUGCUUUGCAUCAGAUUGACGGGAUGCGCAGCGAUGUCAAGGACAAGGAAGGCAACGAGACUGGAGUCAAGAAAUGGCUGGGUCGAGAUGGCAGCGUCCCAGAGGGCCAAGCGAUCCUGCGAGCUCAAUUCGAGGAGGUGGAGCAGACUAUCGAAGAGAUGCUCAAUCGUGAAGAGGACGAUGAUGAUGACGAUGAAGAGGGCGAAGAUGAGGAUUGGGAAGGUUCGGCGGCUAGCGGAGAAGUCAGUGACUUUGACGACGAAAGCGUGGCUAGCGAAGGCCACGACAGUGGUGAUGACAGAACUUCCAGAAGUGGUCCUGGAUCGACUGCCGUGUUCAGCCCCUACAGUCCAAGCCUCAGUGAUCCCUUCAACAACACAGCCGGGUCUCUGCAACCUCAUAUGAGCCCCUCGCUGAGUGCGAUGGCCGCAACUGCUCAGCAGCUUGCUCCGCCACUCGCUUCAUCCUCGCCCACCACACCAAGCACGGCUAGACCAGCACCAUCGGCUGCUGUGGCACCUCCUUCCGGUGUCCUAUCACCUCCAGUCACGCUAGCCUCUGAUCGCAGCCAAGGAUCUGCCGAAGGGAGCGGUGCAAGCGCAAAUUUGUCCGCCGCAGCAGCAUCUGGCCUUGCGGCGCCUUCAAGCCUCGUCGAUGGUGUUCCGGCACUACAGCCAUUACCGCCCGGAGCGGCACCACUAGCAGUGCCUGGACCCUUUGCUCCUCCACCCAUCGAUGAGAUGCCCAUCCUAUCCGGUCUCACAGCGAGAGAAGGUCAUCCCGCCUUAGUCAAUGAUGGUUUGGCUCUGAGCGCUAGUCCUCCUGAGCAACCUGCUUCUUCAGUCGAUGCACUCAGAGCUCAAAUGAAGAGCACCAACAUCUCCACACCCCUCUCUUCCCAUUCGUCUGCUGGUCCAGCCGUCUAGAUCUCCUCUCGCCCUUUGUAUCCUUAGCAUGCGCGGUGCAUUCCGCUAGACUGAUGUCGAACCGAAAAAUUGUCAAAUCAUCACCCUUCAUGCAAUGCUACCGCACAGCGAUGCGCCGCCCCGUCAUUCUCACUUCGAAC